CUGUCCGUGGUGCUAAACGCAAAACCGUGGAGGAUCUUUUCGUGAUUUUGACGAGUCACUUAUAGCCAACGUUAGGUCACAUCUUUCAGUUCAUGGAAACAUGCAUAGUUCCCACUGUUCCUGAAGUGAAAGACUACGCUAAAGCCUAAUUCUUACCGCGAUAUGAGAUGUUUGCUGUCUAACCGAAUUUAAUAAACGUCCGUCGCACGCUGAACAAAAAACAACUAUACCCUCUUAUAGUAUACGGCAUUUCUAGUAUAAUAAAAAUAACACUGAAAAACAUUUAGCCAUAUUUUUUAGGAUAGUAGCAAGCUAAUGUUUAUUUUACAUUCACCAUAUCUCCGCUUCCGUCUGAUGAAACGACGCAUGUGUUGAUCUAUGCUGCAGCAACGUGCAUCAGUUCCUCUUUGACCCCAGAGUUAAUCUGCAGACUGACGCUCCAAUAUAUUUCUCAGUUGCUGGAUUUUAUGCUUUUCCGGUGCUGCUGUAUUUUAUGUACUUUGUAUUAUAAUUUCUUUAAAUCGCGGAAGCUUGCGUCGAUUCAAUCGGUUUUCUGGCCGAUUUCCUGAACAGCGAAGCAGGUCUACAUUUUCCGAACCGAAUGCUAAUACAAGCCGCUUAUGCUAUGUGCGUAAUGUAUCACGGUGAGGAUAGACAGUAAAUAAGGGGACACGUCGGUCUAUAAUAAAGGGGAAAAGAAGAUGGUGAUCAUGGCUUCUUCAAAUGUAGCAUCUCAAUGCUCGACAGCGAUGGCGAAGCCUUCCUUCCCUAUAAAGCUAUUUCUCUGGGUGUUUUUAUUCGCUAAUCUUCCUACAAGCUCUGUCCAGACGGAAAACGAUGACGAUGAAGUGACGAACAAAACAUGGGUGUUGACCCCCAAAGUCUACGAGAGCGAUGUCACCCACAUCCUGAACAGUCUACUAGAUGGCUACGACAACAAACUGCGACCAGAUAUCGGAGUCAAACCAACUGUGAUCCACACGGACAUGUUUGUCAACAGUAUUGGCCCAGUAAACGCUAUCAAUAUGGAGUACACCAUUGACAUUUUCUUUGCCCAGACGUGGUACGACCGGAGGCUGAAGUUCAACAGCACCAUGAAGGUGCUGCGUCUGAACAGCAACAUGGUGGGCAAGAUCUGGAUCCCCGACACUUUCUUCCGCAAUUCCAAGAAGGCCGACGCCCACUGGAUAACCACUCCCAAUCGCAUGCUACGCAUCUGGAACGAUGGGCGGAUCCUGUACACACUGCGGUUGACUAUUGAUGCCGAGUGCCAGCUUAAACUGAACAACUUUCCAAUGGAUGAGCACUCCUGUCCCCUGGAGUUUUCAAGCUACGGAUACCCCAAAGAGGAGAUUGUGUACAAAUGGAAGAGAAGCUCCGUGGAGGUGGGAGACAUCCGCUCGUGGAGGCUCUAUCAGUUCUCCUUCGUCGGCCUGAGAAACACCAGCGACACCGUCAGCACCGUGUCAGGUGACUACGUUGUGCUGACCGUCUUUUUCGACCUGAGCAGGAGAAUGGGCUACUUCACCAUCCAGACCUACAUUCCCUGCACCCUCAUCGUGGUCCUUUCCUGGGUCUCCUUCUGGAUCAACAAGGAUGCUGUGCCUGCCAGAACAUCCUUAGGCAUCACCACUGUGCUGACCAUGACUACGCUGAGUACCAUAGCCAGGAAGUCGCUGCCUAAGGUGUCUUAUGUGACCGCCAUGGACCUCUUCGUAUCCGUGUGCUUCAUCUUCGUCUUCGCCGCGCUGAUAGAGUAUGGUACACUGCACUACUUUGUGAGCAACAGGAAGCCAAGCGCCAAAAAGGACAAGAAGAAGAAAAAUCCGCUCCUCCGGCUCUUUUCCUCAAAGCAGACACCCACGGUGGACAUACGCCCUCGCUCAGCCACUGCCAUUCAGAUGAACAACGCCACCCACAUGCAAGAGCGGGACGAGGAGUACGGCUACGAGUGUCUGGACGGCAAGGACUGCACCAGCUUCUUCUGCUGCUUCGAGGACUGCCGCUCAGGGGCCUGGCGGCACGGGCGGUUGCACAUACGCGUCGCCAAGAUAGACUCGUAUGCUCGCAUUUUUUUCCCAACCGCUUUUGGUCUCUUUAACCUGGUCUACUGGAUCUCCUAUCUUUAUCUCUAGAGCCAGUGUUUAGCCAGCCUUAUAAUAUACAUUCUGCUCCAGCAAGACCAUUUUUAAGAAGGGUGGGACCCACUGAAAUGUUUUACUCAUUUUAAUUUUUUUCUGUUGGAUUUUUAUUGUUGAUCAACAUUUCUUGGUAUAAUUUCUUUGUAUGGUUGAAGCAAAGGUUGUAGCAAAACCAAUAGGCUUGCAGUGCUCUGGAUUCUAAUAGUUUAACUACGAUUGCGCUUUGGGUAAGCAAGAACCUAAUCUCACCGUAGCAAUUCUGCAUGACUAUGUUUAACAGAUUUCCCUUGGUAAAGUAUUGGUUUAUGUUGAAUUGAAUCUCAAUCAGGGUAGCAUACAACCUCUUUUUGUGUGCCCUCAGUCAGAUCAAAGGGGAACUUUUGGAAGAAAACUAACUCAAUUCAUUUUGUAUGAACAAGUCACAAACCUUAGAAGACAACUUAUUAUUGAAAACAUACUUCCCAAUGAUUUAAAAUGUGUAUUUACUUAUUAUUGGUAUAGUCCAUCCUUCCAAAAUACAAAAUAAGCAAAAUUCAAAGCACUUUAAUAUAUAUGGUGUAUUUAAUACAUACAUACAUACAGUACCAGUCAAAAGUUUGGACACAGCCAUUCACUUGAGUGUCCAAACUUUUGCUGGGACUGUAUG